AUGCCCUCCCCGGUUGCUAGUGUCCACCAGCCCUCCGCCCCCGCCCCCGCGUUGGCCAGCGUCACCCAGUCCUCCUCCGAUGCACAGAAGGAGAAGAAGCUCUCCGUGCUCGAGUCCCACGGCUACUACCUGGGCAAAACCAUCGGCACCGGCUCCUACGCCACCGUCAGGGUCGCCCAUUCCGAGAGACAUGAAGGAGACGUCGCCAUCAAGAUCGUGAGUAAGUUCUCCGCCCCCGCCGAUUACCUGAAGAAGUUCCUGCCCAGGGAGAUCGAGGUGGUGAAGGGGCUGAGGCACCCCAACCUCAUCAGGUUCCUGCAAGCCAUCGAGACGACUCACAGGGUGUACAUCGUAAUGGAGUACGCCGAGAACGGGAGCCUGCUGGAUAUCAUAAGGAAGGACCAGUACAUCGACGAGCCUAGGGCUAGGAAGUGGUUCAAGCAGCUGGUGAGCGCUGUGGAGUACUGCCACGAGAGGGGGGUCGUCCACAGGGAUAUUAAGUGCGAGAACAUGCUCAUGGACGUUGACUGGAACGUGAAGCUCUCCGAUUUCGGCUUCGCCAAGGGCCACGUCAAGCCCAAGAACGGCCAGACCAUCCUCAGCGAGACCUACUGCGGCAGCUACGCCUACGCCUCGCCCGAGAUCCUCAGAGGCAUCCCCUACCAGCCCCAGUACGCAGACGUGUGGUCGAUGGGCGUGGUGCUCUACGCCAUGGUGUUCGGGAGGCUGCCCUUCGACGACAGCAACUACAAGGAGCUGCUGAAGCAGGUGUCGAACAAGGUCAGCUUCCCCAAGGACCCCAAGGUGUCCGGCAACUGUAGGGCGUUGAUAAACAAGAUCCUCGCGCCUCUCAAGUCCAGGAUAAGGAUAACUGGGAUCAGGAACGACGCUUGGUUCAAUUUCGACAGUCCCAGUAUGUCAGAUAUGUGUGUCAAGGAGAAAAAGGACACUACCGCCUCCGAAUCCGAAGGUCAAGACAGGAAAGUGUCAGGCGGUAGUAAGGAGCUGGUGGUUCCUUACCUCAUAACUAAGGAGCAGCUGGAAGCGAACGCCAAGGUCCGGGAGAAGUCGAAAAGGGACAGCACAGACGAAGAGGUGUCAAUCAAGACCCAGGAGCCUAAAUUGAGCGACGAGCAAGGCGCCGUGGCCAGGAAGCCGUCACCAGGUUCGAUUAAAAACAAAAAAAUAGAAAACAAGAAGUAGCGUGGA